AUGUCGGAUAAAGGUAUCCCACUGUCAGGUCUGCAGUCCGCGGAAUCUUCAGCAACAACAAGUGAAAAUGUACAAAUUGCCAACAACAACACCAACUCGCCUGAAGUCCAGGGACCAUAUUCCGUCUUCACCAGUUCGCAAAAACUGGCCAUUGUGUUGCUUGUAGCCUUUGCCUCCUGCUUCUCUCCUCUCAGCAGCUUCAUCUAUUAUCCUGGUCUUACGGCGGUCGCGAAGGACUUGCAUACGACCCUAUCCAAGAUCAAUCUCACAAUAACGUCUUACAUGAUUGUCUCCGGGGUUGCACCCACAGUCUUUGGGAGUAUGGCCGAUCAGGUGGGAAGACGGCCUGUUUACCUUCUUAUGUUCCUUCUUUACGUCUUUGCCAAUGUUGGACUGGCUCUGCAAAGUAACUAUUCAGCUCUACUGCUGCUCCGCAUGCUCCAGAGUGCCGGUGGUUCGGCCACGAUCGGUCUCGGCUACGGCGUCGUUGGCGACAUCACAGAGUCUUCUGAGCGUGGAGCGUACAUGGGAAUCCUAGGAUGCGGCCCAAACGUCGCGCCUGGCCUGGGACCUGUCCUCGGCGGCGUCCUCAUAGAGAAGGCGGGAUGGCGUUGGACCUUUGGAUUUCUGGCAAUUUCGGGCGCUCUCAGCCUCGUUCUCAUUGCUGUCCUGCUGCCUGAAACUGGACGCAACAUUGUUGGAAAUGGCUCCCGCCCCACCCCGAACAUGAACCAAAGUGUCGUACUCCUCUGGCGAGAGAACAGACGGAAGAAGACCACUCUGCUGCCUCACGGAUAUCGCACGGAUGCAUCAGAAAGCGUUGCCCGCAUAGCAACGAUGAGGUUACCAAAUCCGCUAGGAAGCGUUCACAUAUUCCUGCAAAGCGAAAGCGCCCCUGUUAUCCUGAUCAAUGGGGUCUUCUACAGUGCCUACUGCUGCUUGCAAGCUUCCCUGUCGUCACUAUUCAUCAGCAUCUAUGGUUACAGAGAGCUCGAAGCCGGCUUAAUCUAUAUUCCAUUCGGUGUGGGGUGUUUUGUUGCAUCUUUACUCUCAACAUUAACGCAGCUUUCUGCUUCCGAAGGGAAUAUUCUUACGCAUGACUAUCGCUGCCUUGCUGUUCGCCACGGUCUUCCCACCUCCAGCGCUGAGACCCCAGAGUCUCAGAGACUUGCGUUUCCUAUAUUUCACGCCCGCCUACGAAGCAUGGCUUACCUGCUUCCUCUUUCCAUCUUUCCCCUCCUCGCGUACGGCUGGGUGCUGGAGUACCCCCUGCACCCGUCCAUUCCUCUCAUCCUCCAAUUCUUCAUCGGCGGCGCAACGACCAUCAUCUUCAACGCAUGCGGGACGCUGCUGGUCGAUUUACAUGCCUCACGCCCGUCGACGGCUCAGGCGGCUCUGAACCUGCUCCGCUGUGCAUUUGCCGCCGGGGAGCUUGCGGCACUGCAGCCGCUCAUCAACGCUAUCGGUAUGGGAUUGUGCUACACUGUGAUUGCACUGAUAACUGGGGGUAUUGCCGCCGCGCAGGAUAUCAAUCUCUUUGCGACCGACACAUAUCUCUUCACAAUGGGACCCCAACGCACCGUCGCACCCAAGGCUUCAGGCCGUGGAGGCAAGACCGCGAAGAACCAGAAGGUCACAAAGAAGUACACCAUCAACUGCAGCCAGCCCGUCAGCGACAAGAUCUUUGACCUGUCUGCGUUCGAGAAGUUCCUGCACGACCGCAUCAAGGUCGAAGGCCGUACCAACAACCUCGGCGACAACAUCAACAUUUCGCAGGUUGGCGAUGGAAAGAUCGAGGUCGUCACGCACAUUCCUUUCUCCGGCCGAUACCUGAAGUACUUGACGAAGAAGUUCCUCAAGAAGCAACAACUCCGCGACUGGCUGCGUGUCGUGUCGACCAGCAAGGGUGUCUAUGAAUUGAGAUUCUUCAACGUGGUCAACGACGAGGGUGACGAGGACGAGGAGUAG